AUGCCGGAACUCACUGUCAGAGUCCAAGGGGAUGAUGACUAUGAAUCAGAUGACGACAAUUCGGGUGAUGAAGGCGAUGAAGAGGAAGAACCUAUUGUGGCCGAUUUGGGUCACCAUCAAGAAAAUGUUGAUAGAGGAAUUAACCAUAUUCGAAGCCUUGUUACUGAUCUGGAGGAUCUACAAGAACCGCCAGAAGAAGAGAUUAAACCAAGAGAAUGGCCUUCGAGCAGGAGUGGCAGUUCUGCCAAUAAGAACAAGAAUCGAGUUGCGACAAGACGCAAGCAUGGAGAGAGGGAAAUGAAACCGUUAAAGGACAAAUUGAAGCCUGGCAUUCGUACCAAAGAAGGAAGUUGCAGUACUAAAGACAGUAAAGCUAUCCUUGAAGCACAGCACAAUCUAUGUUUCCAACAGAUUGGGAAUGAGAUGAAAGCUGAUUAUGAAGAGCACGACGCUAUUCUGAUCGCUCGUUGCAUGAUGCAGAUCAAGGCAAAGUUUGAUACUGAUGAAGGUCUGAACUUCAUUCAACAGUAUUACAUCAAUCAAGGACUGAAGAAGUUUGGUGACGAUGGAAAAGAUGCUGUGGAUAAGGAAUUGAAACAAAUGCUCCUGAGAGAUUGUUUUACUCCCGAAUUUGUGAAAGACAUGACCGCGUCUGAGCAAAAGAAGGCCCAAUCAGCGACGAUGUUACUCGCGGAAAAGCAGUUCGAAAAGACAAUUAAAGGUCGCCUAGUAUUCCAAGGCGAUGGAACUCGUGAAUGGUUAUCGCGAGAGGACACUGCAAGUCCAACUGCUUUGCAAGAAGCAAUCACCACUACUUGUGUUAUUGAUGCACACGAAGAAAAGUCCUUCUUGUGGUUGAUUGACUUUGUGUGGGACUCCAGCGAUGGCAAAUGGCGGUUCCGCUGGAUGCACCAACUCCUACCGGAUCAUAAACUACAAAUACCUGGACUGACUGGCGAUUUGGAAGCCUUACGCCGUCUGGAGCCGGAUGAGGCAGAGAAAACCUUGGGGGUCAUGUUGGCCCCAUUGGAAGACCAACAGGCACACGUCGCCCACCUCAAGAGUAUCUCCAAACAGUGGGCGGAGCAACCGGCAUCUGCAGGAGCUUUCCUUGCGACAUGGUUGUUGCCCCUCUCCGAUUCCAGGGUCUGGGCAUCCCUCAUCCGUUCGGCACUCAGGUGUCCAAACAUAUCAAGGUUCUGCUCCGCCACUCGUCCAAUCAAACAAAAAACUGGGGCGUAUAUGGAACCCACUGUUCAAGAACACCAACUUGAGAUCGGCACCUCUUUCGGACUCUUCCAGCAGGACUAUAGCAACACGGCAAUUUUGGCGUCAGAUACCUGGCUCAAAAGAGUCUGGAAAGAGUUGGAGGACUUGGAUAUCUGCGUUGCUCUUGACAAUCCGGUCCUCCCUCUCCGGUGUGAAGGCGAUGCUUUGCUCAUUGAAGUAUUCAUGGAGUUGGAAGUGGACCAGGAAGCUCUGAGGUGGCUCAACUGGUGUUGCAUGUUCCUUCAAGUUUGCACUGUCUCCGACAUCGUGACGGCCGAUGGCCGCAGCAUCCGGGAGUCAAUGUGGCAUGGGGAACGCGACUACACUCAUCGUUCUUCAUAUCAAUGGUCUCGCACUGUCCGACCCAACAGGAGCCACUGGAGGGUGUGGCAGGAGAACCUGACUCGAGCACUACUUGCCUCCGAUGGAACCCAGCGCCUACUGCGUCAUCCAUUGGGCCCAUGGUUUGAUCCUAUCAACAGCUGGAACUGGUUGUGGUCUUCUACCCACGGAUUAUUCCACCGCCAGGGUCACGGUUGGCAACACUAUUGUCACCGUCGCUCCCCCACACGGAGCCUUCAAUGGGACUAUACCCGUCCUGCGCAAUUGUCUGGGCGCAAACGCCCACAUAAUGAGCCCGCCAACGACGGAGCCUCUCCCUUGCUGGCUCCCUUUUGGACCCAACCACUCCCUGAGGACAACCGCUGCAGACGCACCACGACUCCCAACCGUCUUUACUGGCCGCCUGGAUGGCCGACCGAGUAUGUCGGAUGGACCCCUGACGAAAUAGAGAUCGACGGCGACGAAAGCCUCCUGGCUGAAGCCUUACUCGAAGACCGGCUGUGCGUGAUCAGCGACGGUUCUUAUAAGCUAGGUCUGGGCACAGCGGCAGUUCAACUGCUCCCACGUAAGGGUGGCAAGGAAUGUAUUAUUGUUUGUUGCCAAACUCCAGGCCUAACUGAUGACCAAAGCGCGCAGCGGAGUGAAUUGAUUGGCCUACUGGCCGGUAUCAUGGUUGUUGAUUUGCUCCUGGACCAGUGGGCCCCAACACUUCGAUCACCACCCCGUGUCAGGAUUGCGUGCGAUGGGUUUUCGGCGUUGCUCAACACCUUUAGUGACAAACGAGUCACAUUGCAACAAGCCCAGUUUGACCUGGUCUCCUCCAUCCAAGAGGCACUUGCCCGCUCCAGGGCCUCGUGGGAACCUAGCCACAUGUAUGGUCACCUUGAUAAGGCGACAUCCUUUUCGUGCAUCUCUUGGUGGUCCAAACGGAAUGUGGAAGUGGAUGAUUGGGCGGUUGCUUAUCGUCAUCAGCUCGAAGCUUCUCACCAACUGAUUGCACCCAAUGCUUGCUUCUUUACCAAAUUGGCUGCCCUCUACAUUGGUGACGUCAAACAGUCGUGA